CCGCCACCUACCGGAUGGGCGGGUGCUGGGUUCGGGGAAAACAGCGGCUAUCGCUACUAGCCGCUAGCUACAAGAGGACGCAACUAAUAGGCGAAUAUACGCUUCCCGCGGCGCUGGAUUUAAAGAAAAAUAAUUUUAACACGCUUCCACACCCCAAGCCCAUGGCAACGAGAGGGGCGAUGGUCCAUGAACCUUCAUGGACGCACAGAAAGUGGCUAGUCCACCAGCAACAACACCAAGUACUGGAGCCCAGAUAACAGUGAAACCGAUAAACCAUGAUCCCCAUCACUGAACUGCGGUACUUUGUGGACACACAACCGGCCUACCGUAUCCUGAAACCAUGGUGGGAUGUGUUCACCGACUACAUCUCCAUCGUCAUGCUCAUGAUCUCGGUGUUUGGGGGGACCCUGCAGGUCACCCAAGACAAGAUGAUCUGCUUGCCCUGCAAAUGGGUGGUGGAUCAGACCUGCAAGAAGAACGUAAAUUCUACGUUUGGCCCAUCGUUUUCAUUGGAGCCCAAAGGAAUCCAGUAUGAUUUGGACCGCCACCAGUACAACUAUGUAGACGCUGUGUGCUACGAAACCAGGUUGCACUGGUUCGCCAAGUAUUUCCCUUAUCUAGUGUUACUCCACACCCUUAUUUUCCUAGCAUGUAGCAACUUCUGGUUCAAGUUCCCUCGGACGAGCUCCAAACUCGAACAUUUUGUGUCCAUCUUACUGAAGUGCUUUGAUUCACCGUGGACCACUAGGGCUCUGUCAGAGACGGUGGUCGAAGAAAGCGAUCCGAAACCAAUGAAAAUGAACGGCUCAAUGGAGCACAAAGAGUCCGUCAUCAGUGAAGAUGUGGAGGCGAGUGUUCCGAUGCUCCAAAGGACAAAGACACGCCUGGAGCAGGGCAUUGUGGACCGUACCGACACUGGAGUUUUGGACAAGAAAGAAGGCGAGCAGGCUAAAGCGUUGUUUGAAAAGGUGAAAAAGUUCAGAAUACACGUGGAAGAAGGAGACAUCGUGUACCGACUGUACAUCCGUCAGACUAUUAUCAAGGUCAUCAAAUUCAUUUUGAUAAUAUGCUACACAGGGUAUUAUGUGAAUGACAUCAAGUUCAGCGUCGACUGUAAUGUCGAUAUCGAGAGUCUGACAGGUUACAGUGUUUAUCGCUGUGCUCAUCCGUUGGCUACCCUUUUUAAAAUUUUGGCCUGUUUCUACAUUAGCUUAGUGGUGGUCUAUGGGCUGAUCUGCAUGUACACUCUGUGCUGGAUGCUGCGACGCUCCCUCAAGAAGUAUUCCUUUGAGUCAAUACGGGAAGAGAGCAGCUACAGCGACAUACCCGAUGUCAAGAACGACUUUGCCUUCAUGUUGCACAUGAUAGAUCAGUAUGACCCUCUUUACUCCAAGCGCUUUGCUGUGUUCCUCUCGGAAGUAAGUGAAAAUAAACUGAGGCAGCUCAACCUCAACAACGAGUGGACUCUAGACAAGCUCAGGCAGAGGAUAACCAAGAACUCCCAGGAGAAGCUGGAGCUGCACCUUUUCAUGCUCAGCGGCAUUCCCGACACAGUAUUUGACCUGAUGGAGCUGGAGGUUCUCAAACUGGAGCUGAUACCGGACGUGACCAUCCCGCCGAUCAUUGCUCAGCUCGUAAACCUGCGAGAGAUGUGGCUUUACCACACCCCAGCUAAGAUUGAGGCCCCGGCGUUGGCGUUCUUGCGUGAGAAUUUGAAGUCCCUUCACAUCAAAUUUACAGACAUCAAAGAAAUUCCUUUGUGGAUUUACAGUUUGAAGAAUCUAAGUGAGCUCCAUCUUACCGGGAAUCUGAGCGCUGAGAACAACCGCUACAUUGUCAUCGACGGGCUGCGGGAACUCAAGAGGCUCAAGGUUCUUCGUCUCAAGAGCAACCUCACCAAGCUGCCUCAAGUUGUGACCGACGUGGGUAUGCAUCUCCAGAAGCUGUCAAUCAACAACGAAGGCACCAAGCUCAUGGUGCUGAAUAGCCUGAAGAAAAUGGUCAAUCUGACGGAGCUGGAGCUGAUCCGCUGCGAUCUGGAGCGCAUACCGCACUCCAUCUUCAGCUUGCACAACUUGCAGGAGAUCGACUUGAAGGACAACAACCUAAAGACCAUCGAGGAGAUCAUCAGUUUCCAGCACCUUCACAGGCUGGUCUGCCUUAAGCUCUGGUAUAAUCAAAUCGCCUACAUUCCCAUUCAGAUCGGCACACUGAUCAACUUGGAGAAACUGUACCUGAACCGGAACAAAAUUGAGAAGAUCCCCGGACAGUUGUUUUACUGCCGCAAGCUCCGCUUCCUAGACCUUAGCCAUAACAACCUAACCAACAUCCCGGCUGACAUUGGAUCCCUGCAGAACCUUCAGUACCUUGCAGUGACAGCCAAUAGAAUCGAGAGCCUUCCAAAUGAGCUGUUCCAGUGCAAGAAACUGCGCACUUUGAACCUGGGGAACAACUGCCUGCAGUCUCUGCCGUCACGCUUCGGAGAACUGACGGCCCUGACACAACUGGAGCUGAGAGGCAACCGUCUGGAGUGUCUGCCCGUGGAGCUGGCCGAGUGCCGGCAGCUGAAGAGAACUGGUCUGGUGGUGGAGGAGGACCUAUUCAACACCCUGCCCACCGAGGUCAAAGAACAGCUGUGGAGAACGGACAAGGAGGCCAUUUAAGCACGGCUGUCAGUUAAUCAAUACUCGCUGACUCGAGACAAGUCCAUGCCAACACUCAGACCGGAUGGUGUCAGUGGAGCCUGGAAAAGGUCACCAGUUUUGUUUUCAUCGCCUCAUAGCUUCCCCGCUGUUGUUUUUCUAAUGUGUAAGGUUGUACACAAAGUCACUAAUGAGGCUUUUUAGCAAUAAUACUCUAAUAAUCCCAAAGGAACAUUUGACAGGUUGGGCCAUUUGUUUACAUGUCAUGCAUCGCUAUGAUGGACCAUUGAACUAUUACAGCUUCAACUCUUCUGGGAAGGCUGUCCACAAGUUUGCGGAGUGUGUUUAUAGCAAUUGUCCACCAUUCUUCCAAAAGCUCAUUGGUGAGGUCACACACUGAUUUUGGUGGAGAAGGCCUUGCUCUCCAUCUCCGUUCUAAUUCAUCCCAAAGGUGUUCUAUCGGGUUCAGGUCAGGACUCUUUGCAGGCCAGUCAAGUUCAUCCACACCAGACUCUGUCAUCCAUGUCUUUAUGGACCUUGCUUUGUGCACUGGUGCACAGUCACGUUGCAAAAGGAAGGGGCCCACAAGGUUGGGAGCAUGGAAUUGUCCAAAAUGUUUUGGUAUCCUGGAUCAUUCAAAGUUCCUUUCACUGGAACUAAGAGGCCAAGCACAACUCCUGAAAAACAACCCCACACCAUAAUUCCUCCUCUACCAAUUUUCACACUCGGCACAAUGCAGUCCAGUCAGUCCAUCAGAUUGCCAGGUGGAAAGCGUGAUUCAUCACUCCAGAGAACGUGUCUCCACUGCUCUAGAGUAUAGUGCUUUACACCACUGCAUCCCACGCUUUGCAUUGGACUUGGUGAUAUAUGGCUUAGACACAGCUGCUCGGCCAUGGAAACCCAUUCCAUGAAGCUCUCUGCGUACUGUACGUGGGCUAAUUGGAAGUUCACAUGAAUUUUGGAGCUCUGUAGCAACUGACUGUGCAGAAAGUCUUUGCACUAUGCGCUUCAGCAUCCACUGACCCCUCUCUGUCAGUUUACGUGGCCUACCACUUGGUGGCUGAGUUGCUGUUGUUUCCGAACUCUUUCAUUUUCUUGAAAUAAAGCCCACAGUUGACUUUGGAA